AUGGCCCCAGCAGGCUCAGGACAAGACCUGUCGGCGAAGCGAGCCCAGUUCGCGGGUCCGUCGGGUAUCCAGGGAAUUAUCCAGAAUCGCAAGACGUCGCUGAUUGCCAGUUUUGCGGCGCUGGGUGGGUUUGUUUAUGGAUACAACCAGGGAAUGUUCGGUCAGAUCCUGACCAUGUCCUCGUUUACUGCGCGAAUGGAACCGUGGUACAGUGGAACAACAGGAACGCGACAAGCGCUCCUGACUGCAAUCCUCGAACUCGGUGCCUGGCUCGGAACCCUCCUGAACGGCUACCUGGCUGAUGCCGUGGGCCGCCGGCUAACCGUCGUCUUUGCUUGUGUCAUCUUCACGGUUGGUGUCAUUGUCCAGGCUUGCACGCUCAACAAGGACUAUGUGCUUGCCGGCCGGUUCGUUACGGGUAUUGGCGUGGGAGCUUUUAGUAUGCUGGUUCCGCUGUACAAUGCUGAGCUGGCUCCGCCAGAGGUCCGUGGUGCGCUUGUUGCUCUUCAGCAGCUGGCUAUUACCUUUGGAAUCAUGGUGUCAUACUGGAUCGGCUACGGCACAAACUACAUUGGUGGCACAGGCGCCUCCCAAUCCGACGCCGCCUGGCUAAUCCCCAUCUGCAUCCAGCUCCUCCCCUCCACAGUCCUUGCUGUCGGCAUGGUCGCCUUUAUGCCUCAAAGCCCGCGCCAUCUAAUGAAUCGCGAUAGAGAACAAGAAUGCCUGGAAACCCUUGCCCGGCUGCGCAGCACAUCAACCGACGACAUCCGCGUACGCGUCGAGUUCCUCGAGAUCAAGGCGCAGCGCGACUUUGAGCGCCAGCGUCUCCAGGAGCUGUUCCCGCAAUACCAGGACGGGAGUCUUAAAUCAAGAUUUAUGAUUGGGUGGAAUGAUUACUUGUCCCUUGUCACGAACAAGGCGCUGUUCAAGAGGACCGUUGUCGCGGUUUUUGUCAUGGUUUUCCAGCAGUGGAAUGGUGUGAAUGCAAUCCUCUACUACGCCCCCUUCAUCUUCGACGGCCUCGGCCUCUCCGGAAACACCACCUCCCUCCUCGCCACCGGUGUCGUCGGAAUCGUCAUGUUCCUCGCCACAAUCCCCGCCGUCCUCUGGGUCGACAACUUCGGCCGCAAGACCAUCCUCAUCGCCGGCGGAAUCGGCAUGGCCAUAUCUCACUUCAUCGUCGCGGGCAUCACGGGUUCCUUUGAGGGGAGUUGGGAGUCUCACCGCGGGGCGGGCUGGGCGGCUGUUGUCUUUGUCUGGGUGUAUGCCGUCUGCUUUGGGUUCUCGUGGGGUCCGGUGGCGUGGAUUAUUAUUAGUGAGGUGUUCCCGCUUGGAUUGAGGGCCAAGGGGGUUAGUAUUGGGGGAAGUUCGAAUUGGUUGAAUAAUUUCGCCGUCGCAAUGUCCACCUCGCCAUUCAUCUCCACGAGUCAAUACGGUGCAUUCAUCUUCUUCGGCGCAAUAACAACAAUCGGCGUCCUCUGGGUCCACUUCUUCGUCCCCGAGACCAAAGGCCGCACGCUCGAAGAAAUGGACGAGAUCUUCGGCGAGGUCGGUUUCGCGCGCGACGACCUUGAGCGCAAAGCCAGGAUUGAGCGGGAGAUUGGGCUUACGGCGCUGUUGGAUGGGACGGAUGGGCCCAAUGGGGGUGGGGUGCUUGCUGGUGAGAGGGGCGUUGAGGGGGGAGAAGAGAAGAAGGUCGAGGAGAAGGGGGUGAGUACUCAUGAGUAG